AUGGACAAGAGAAGAAGUCGAAGUAAGGAAUUAUUGGACCAUAAAAAAGAUAGAAUCAGUGAACUUCCCGAAAGUGUUUUGAGUCACAUCCUAUCCUGUUUGCCAACAGAGGAUGUUGUUAGAACUAGUGUCUCGUCAAGGAAAUGGGAGUACAAAUGGACUUCCAUUUACAACUUAACCUUUGAUGAUAGAAAGAGAUUUUGUUACUCGCACAGGCGGAGGAAAUGGAAGAGGAAGAAGCAGCCUAAAAAGACAGAUUUUAUGAACUUUGUGGACAGAGUUCUUGCUCUUUCUAAGAAUUCAUCGAUCAAAGGGUGUCACCUUUUGUGUCUAGACGUGUAUGAUCCAUUUCGUAUGAAAACUUGGAUCACUGCUGCUCUAAGCUCUAAUGUCCAGAGGCUUCUUAUUUCAUAUGCAGCUAGUUCGAGUUCUAAGUUGAAAAAUCCAAGUGGUUUUGAUGGCUUGUUUCAUUUAAUUUCAUAG